AUGUCACGAAGAAAAAUUGACAAGUUGCAGUCAAUGAAGCCUCUUUUCUAUGAGAACAGACCUAAGGAGAUGUACAUUCAGCUCAAGAACCAGACAGAACCUAAAGUGAACAGCAAGGUACUCAAGGCGGCUUUAAUAAGAAGAGGUUCAGAGGCUAUUAGACGUAUGUUCAAGUUGAAGGAGUGCGAGCCUUACUUCAAUAUUCUCUAUAUGAAGGGAUACAUUGGAGACGAGGACCACGAGAGGCUCAAGAUUCAGAAAAAGCUACAGGAACUUGAACUGACGCAGUUGGCGAUGGAGGCAGAGUCAUUCAAAAAGGGAUGGGCCCAAACAUUCUUUCCUGUUUGCCAGGAAACCACGAUGAACGAGGCUCUAAGAAGAAGAAUCAAGUCGAUAGACGAUAGAAAGGACCAGCAUUCCAAGCAAUGGAGUGUGACCGACAUCUAA